ACGGGCUAUACGGCGAUCUACGGGUGCGUUUCGGUGGGAAAUGUGCCGCAAUUGGCCAUCGAUUUGCUCGUAUCGACACUAUUGGACGCAAACACGUGUCGACCCGUUGGGCACCUGUACUCACCGGCACUGAUGCCACUGUCCGGUCCGGACGCCUACCGUUUCGGAGGCCAAUCACUGACCACAUCGGCUCAGGUGUAUGAAAGUGCGGACCGAAAGCUACUGAUUAUACAACAGCGCACACCUCUCUAUAAGGAGUUACGCAAAGAGUUUUACGAGGCGUUCACCAAAUGGUUGGGCGCCUACCGACUGAAACGGGUGCUGAUCCUGAGCUCCAGUUUCAUCGAGCACUUGGCCUCAGCGCUGGACUCCGGCGACUGUUAUCCCAUGAAAUACAUGACUAACGCUACCGGCGCUCAGCACCCGGUGGACCCUAAUUGGCAGCCCGUGGAAAGGGUGGACGCGUUUACACUGCAGGCCUCGGCGGACGGUGUGCUACACCUGCCCGGCAGUGGUUCCCUCCAAGAGCUGCUCAAAUGGUUGGACAAAAGGGGUGUUCCCGGCGUAGGACUGGUGCUGUACUGCUCGGAAGGCGAUAAUAGACCCCAUUCUCAGGCGCUGAUGAAUGCCGUGAAUCGGUGGCUAAAUAUCGUCGACUUUAAGACAACUGAUCCGAAG